AAAGUAAAAAUUGUAAUUGUGAAACAAUAUGUACGUGGAAAUUCCAAAGUUUGAAAGAUGUUGUUGUUGUGUACCUCUGCGUUGUGGGAUUAUAAUUUUAGGAUAUUUAAGCUUGGGUUUCGCUCUAUUUGCCCUCAGCAUGGACGUAUAUUUCAGCGAAGGCUUCGAUCUGUCAACGCACACGUACGGCGUCUACCGAGGCACCGAUUUCUUCGCCGAACGAUGGCUCUUCUUUGUCAUGUACUGUGUGGAGAUCGCCUUUAUCGUGGUUUUGCUGAUUGGGGUUCAUACGAGAAACUCUCGGCUAAUGCUGGUGUACUACUACUAUGGGAUCACAACAACCCUGGCGUCGUUGGUUACAUUUAUGUUUGUGAACGUCCAGGAGUUCCAUACCCGCAUACCCCUGUACUUAAUAGACAUCUCCAUUAUCUUCAGUGCUAUAGUGACCCAAGCGUACCUGCUUUUACUAAUUCGCAGCGAGCUAGAAAAACCGCGUGAGUCCCUUCGGUUCGUCAACCACCUCGCUGAAGUCUGCGUGCAGCAACCAGCAACCAACGGCCUAAAUCCCUUAUAACUUUAUGUAUGCUUUGCUUUAUAGACUGUAAGUUUA